UUUAUUUCUAUAAAAAAUAGAAAUAAAAAAUAAAUAGUCGGAGAUCAUGCGCCUGGAACCAAUCUCGAUAGCGUCUCCUUUGCGGUGCUUUGCUCCCUUAAUUUGGUGGGUUGGCCUGCCUUUUCGUGGCUUCGAGGCUCGUAGAUCUCAUUCUCAUCGUUUCUUCUUCGAGAUCUUGUUUGGAAGUGCUGGAUCUUAAAGCAAAGGGAGUGAUACAGUGUUUUUUUUCAACAUCACGAUUCGAAUAAAAUAUUAGAAGCAAUAUGUUUCAGCAAUCAAGUAGUCGCAACUCGCAUAAUAAAGAGUCCAAAGUCAAGAGAGGAAUACAGAUAACUUUGCUUUUAGUUGUCGCUAUAUGGUUGCUCAAUCAGUUUAGCAAGAAUGAGUAUACUGAAACUGUCCAUAUCAACUUUGAUCCAGAAGAAGAUAUUGAUUUUGGUCGCAAGGUGAAAGCAGGAUCAGAGAAUGUGAUCAUCAUUGAUGGUCAGAAAAGUGACUUUGAUGAGACUGGUGGAGAUCAAGUCGAGGCUUUUGGCCAGUAUAAUGAAGAGAAGAAUGAAAAUGAGUCUUUUAGUAAAGAAAAAGAGGAAUCUCAAGAAGAUAUUUUAAAUACUAGUCAUACAGAAAUCAAUGAACAACUCAACAGUAAAGAUGAGAGUGAUUAUUUGAGGAACAACAAAGAUGUGAUUAGAGGAACUACUAACGACAAAGACGAUGUGUUAGAGCUGCCUGGUCAAACAGAUAGUGUAAGCUCAAUGGAUCAAAAUGAAGGGAAACAUGCAGAAGAUAAUUCUGAUCAUGGAAAUGAGUUGGUCACACUUGAUAGAGCAAAAGAAGACACCAUUAAAGAAAUAACUUCUCAAGAAGAAAGACUUCUGAGCUCCAAGGAUCAAUCAGAUGGCAGAGUGAACACUGAGAAAGUUGAAAAGGAGACCAUCAAUUUGAAUGAAGAGGUUAACUUAGAGACAGAAGGUAGCAGUUAUGCUAGUUCUGAAGUGGACAAGGAAUCAGUUGAUCCUCACGAAGAUGUUAAAUUGGAGGCAGAAAUUAAUAGUGAAAACAAUUCUGAAGUUGAAAGUGAGACAGUUGAUAUUCAUGGAGAGACCAAAUUAGAGACAGAAGGUAAUGGUGAAAAUAAUUCUGAAGUUGAAAAGGAGUUAAUUGAUGCUGAUGCAGAGAACAAAUUAGAGACAGAAGGUAAUAGUGAUAGUAAUUCUGAAGUCGAGAAGGAAACAAUUGAUACUCAUGGAGAGACCAAAUUAGAGACAGAAGGUAGUAGUGAAAAUAAUUCUGAAGUUGGAAAUGAGACAAUUGAGACUCUUGGAGAGACCAAAUUAGAGACAGAAGGUAGCAGUGAAAAUAAUCCUGAAGUUGCAAAUGAGACAAUUGAGACUCUCGGAGAGACCAAAUUAGAGACAGAUAGUAGUAGGGGAAAUGGUUCUGAAGUUGAAAAGGAGACAAUUGGUUCCCAGGGAGAGGUUGAAUUAGGUACUGUAGGUAACAGUGAGAAUAGUUUGGAUGAUACUACAGACAUUGCAAACACACAUGAUGGAAGCAUAUCCCUUCCUAAAGAAGAAAGUGAAGUGUCAACAGACAAAGAAUCUAUUGACGCAGUACAAUUCCUUGACGAGCAUGCCUCUGAUGGUGUCAAAAAUGAUGCUGAAGAAAAGGAAGAUUCAAAGUCUAAUGAGGAUGCACUCGAAUCAAAAUUAGAUAGUAUCUCUGAGGAUCAAAAUGCUGGCACUGAAAGUGGAAAAUCAUCUGAUAACAAUGAGAACUUGGAAAAUCCUUCUAUGAAAAAUAAUGCUGAAGAAGAAAAGGUAAAUUCAAAAUCUAACCAGGAUGCGUUUGAAUCUAAAGGAGACAUUACAUCUGAGGAUCAAAAUGCUGGCAAUGAAAAUGGAAACUCUUCCAAUAACAAUGAUAACUUGGAAAAUUCUGCAGUUGAGGGAGGCAAUUUUUCCACACAGAAAAACACUGGCGAUACCAUCUUCGAAGACACAACUGAACCAAAACCCAAAGAAGAAACUAUCUCUGAGUUUGGUAAUGACAAUGCUUCUACUGGUAGGAAUGUCAAUCCAGAAUCAUCAAGCCAAGGUGCUAAAGAUACAGAAUAAUAUUGUUCUUAGUUACCUACAGAGUCAAGAAACAUGCAUAUCAUAAUACAUGAUUUUCAUCAUAUAUAAGUAGAUUGAAGAACACUACUAAAUAGAAUUAGCUGAGCUCUUUGCCUGAACCUGGCACUUUCGCUGCAUAUGUAAUGACAACUAGUAUGUCAUAUUUUGAUGCAAUGUAAACUACUCUUUGUAAAAUCAAUAAAAUCUUUACAGAAGUAUAUUUUCUGUUA